AUGAACUUUUCUAAUGAUUAUGCUUCUUCUACAGAAUCUGAUGAGAGCAGCGACAUAGAAUAUCAUAAGCCAAUACUUUUGAAAAAGAAGAGAUUACGGAAGCCUAUAUCGCACCCUCAAUCCGCUGAAGUGAAUAAUGGACACGCCAAGAAACAACAAGAGAAGCCUAAAUAUGUAGGAAAGCUAUAUGUCAUGACUGAUCCUGCAAUAGAUUUCGAUUCGCAACCUAUACAAGGACAGCAGCACACAACUUUUGAAGCUAAAAAUCCUCUACUCAUAUCGCCCAAUCAAUCAGAAUUAUUGUUUGAAUAUGGUGAGCCGCUUAAUGGAUAUAGAUUUGUGGGCAACCAGCGCGAAUAUGAAGAAUAUUUAAAGGCAAGAAAUAGGGACUCUUCUGACCAAAAUGAUAAAAGUCCGCUCGAAGAUUAUCCUAAUCGCCAGACACCUUCAAUCAAAACGCAAAACUAUUCUGAGAUUUUGGACUAUUGGAAUAAAGGAGUCGAAUUUCUUCGAGCUCCUCUGCGAGAUGCACCAUUUCUAGAGAAGGUGAAACUUGAAGACAUAAAUAGGGAUGUCGUCGAAGAGUUUUUUUUGGCAAGCUCUGCAGUGAUAGACUUAUCGUUGAAGGAAAUGUAUAAGCGAGAAAGAAUCUACUGGCACCCGGAUAAAAUGACCAGAUUGGUUGAAACAAAAGAUGAAGAGGUGGUUUCGAAAAUUACGAAGAUAUUCCAGAUUAUAAAUGAUCUUUGGGAAGCAAAUGCCGAAUAG